AUUACCCUUAGCUACAGAUCCACUGCUUACAGUUUCCAUAACCAACUGCAGUGCCCAAACACACAAGCAUUAGGCACAGAAAGCAAGGGAGAGGAGACACUAAUAAAAACACAAAACAAAAGGGUGAUGGAAGUGAGGUACUGCAUGCACUGCUGAGCACUGCACUUUGACUAUGGAAGCAGAGGCUACUGAUGGAUAUAUAACAUGUGACAAUGAGCUUUCGCCCGAAAGGGAGCACUCCAACAUGGCUAUUGACCUCACUUCAAGCACACCCAAUGGGCAGCAUACCUCACCGAGUCACAUGACAAGCACAAAUUCAGUAAAGCUAGAAAUGCAAAGCGAUGAGGAGUCUGACAGGAAACCCCUAAGCCGUGAAGAUGAGAUCAGGGGUCAUGAUGAAGGAAGCAGCUUGGAAGAACCCCUCACUGAGAACAACGAGAUGGCGGACAACAGAAAGAUCCAGGAGCUGUCAGGCGAGGGAGGAAUCCGGCUUCCGAAUGGUAAACUGAAAUGUGACGUCUGUGGCAUGGUUUGCAUUGGGCCCAAUGUGCUUAUGGUACAUAAAAGGAGCCACACUGGUGAGCGCCCCUUCCAUUGUAACCAGUGUGGAGCUUCUUUUACACAGAAGGGGAACCUGCUGAGGCAUAUCAAGUUACACUCUGGGGAAAAACCGUUCAAAUGUCCCUUCUGCAGCUACGCCUGCCGGAGAAGGGACGCCCUCACAGGACACCUCAGGACGCACUCUGUGGGUAAGCCUCAUAAGUGUAACUACUGCGGCCGGAGCUACAAGCAGCGCAGUUCGCUGGAGGAACACAAGGAACGCUGCCACAACUAUCUUCAGAAUGUCAGUAUGGAGGCUGCUGGGCAGGUCAUGAGUCACCAUGUACCUCCUAUGGAAGAUGGUAAGGAACAAGAGCCUGGGAUGGACAACAAUAUUUCUCUGGUGCCUUUUGAGAGACCUGCUGUUAUAGAGAAGCUGACAAGCAACAUGGGAAAGCGUAAAAGCUCCACCCCACAGAAGUUUGUGGGUGAAAAGAUCAUGAGAUUUGGCUAUCCAGAUAUUCACUUUGAUAUGAACUUAACCUAUGAGAAGGAGGCUGAGCUGAUGCAGUCUCACAUGAUGGACCAAGCCAUCAACAAUGCAAUCAACUACCUUGGAGCUGACGCACUUCACCCCCUGAUGCACCACACACCAAGCACAAUUGCAGAGGUGGCCCCAGUCAUCAGCUCAGCUUAUGCUCAGGUCUAUCAUCCUAACAGGAUAGAAAGGCCCAUUAGCAGGGAAACAGCUGACAGUCAUGAAAACAACAUAGAUGGCCCUAUCUCCCUCAUCAGACCAAAGAGUCGACCCCAGGAAAGAGAGGCCUCCCCCAGCAAUAGCUGCCUGGAUUCUACUGACUCAGAGAGCAGCCAUGAAGACCGCCAGUCCUACCAAGGAAACCCUGCCUUAAAUCCCAAGAGGAAGCAAAGCCCAGCUUACAUGAAGGAGGACGCCAAGGCUUUGGAUGCUACAAAGGCUUCUAAGGGCUCUUUAAAGGAUAUCUAUAAGGUCUUCAAUGGAGAAGGGGAGCAGAUUAGGGCCUUCAAAUGUGAGCACUGUCGAGUUCUUUUCCUAGACCACGUCAUGUACACCAUCCACAUGGGUUGUCAUGGCUACCGGGACCCAUUAGAAUGCAACAUUUGUGGGUAUCGAAGCCAGGACCGCUAUGAGUUCUCAUCGCACAUUGUUCGAGGGGAGCACACAUUCCACUAGGCCUUCUCAUCCAAAGGGGACUCUUAUGAAGUAGAAGAACUGCACAUGAAGAAGUACUGCACUUACAAUCCCACUUUUCAUUGACCCACCUUUUGUUGUUGUUGUUGGUUGUUGUUGCUGUUGUUUAAUUAUUAUUAUUAACCUUAUUGUAUGGACCCAACCUCAGUCUCUCUGCCCAGUUUAAGAAUGGAUGGAAGGAAGGAAGGGAAGGGAUGAGAGAGUUUUGUGUUGUUGCUGUCAUUCUGUUUUGGUGAUCUGUCUUGCAUAUUUUGUGGGAAUUGAAAGGCAGUCCAUUUCUGUCACAGUUAGCUGUACAUCAUGUCAUAUGUUGGGUAUCGCUCAACUCUGGUAGCUGCUUUAAAGUCAUAAUGAGUUCCCAUCCAAUUGUAGAUUAAUAAUUUCAGGCAAAUAGGUAGAAACAUUUCAGAGGAAAGCCCUUUCAAAUGCAUAGCUAUGGUGGGGAAGAUGGGGGAGUGGGCAGUUGUAUUCUACAGAAUGAACAAUUAUUUUUAAAGCAAAACUCUUUUUUAUUUUAGGGAUUUAGGAGCACGAAUCAAAGUCAAUAUUCCAUGCAAAAUUACUUCCGUGGCUGAGCUAUGUCCAUGGCUUCUGUGUUUACUUCCCCUGUGGAAUGUAUACAAUAUGUAUGUUUAACACUGUACCACAUAACAAGAGUUUAGUUUCAUAAGUCUUGGGGCCUCCUGUGGUAAGUUUGAGGUUCUGUGAUGUUAUUUUACUUAACUUAUGAAGCACGUUUUUAGAAUUGCUGAUUUACUGUUAUUCCGUAAUUGUGUUGACUCACUGGCUUCUUAUAGACCUCCUAGUAUCCAUUCCUAGGUAGUUGCACCAUGUGCUUUUAGGAAACAGCAUUUACAAAUAACACUCUUUUACCUAGCUUCUAGGACAGUAGAUAUCCUAGGAGUAAAUACAAAUUCUGGAGUUUACUCAAGAAAUUCUGCUGCUGUUCUAAAAUAAUUUGUUUUUUAACAUUGCAAAUUUUAAAAUUGCAGAUGUGCUAGUAGCAAAGUGUUCUUUAAAACAUAUAUAUCAAAAACUGUCUCAUCUGAUCAUCUACAGGAUUAGCCUCUCAGCAGCAGCCUAAAGUAAGACUUACACCUCGGAAAACACUGGUGGUCAGUUUAUCAGCUGGCAUUAAUUAAUCAUCAGAGCUCCAUUGACUUCAAUGGAAUACUGUGAGCUACACCAGCUCAGGAUCUGGCCCUAGCUAGCCACCUCUCCAAUGAAUCCUUUGCUUUGUGAUUUGCUGAAUCAGUGACUACCUAGUAUCCUUAAUUCUUCUUUAUUUUUUGGAUAGAAGCCCUUGCAGAUCUUGAUGCACCCCCUCUGCUCUAGGAGAGUGUGAAAGCCAUGUGGAAAAACAAUUGCUAAUUUGAUUUGAUAUCACUUCACACUUUAGGAAAAUGGGUACAUGAGCUAGAGGCACUAAAGGUAGUUUGAUUUAGUAUUAUUGACACUUACUAAUUUCACUGCAGGAAGAAAAAAAAAAAAGCUGGUGUGAUCAGGCCAUUUAAGUACAGACCAAACAAGAACAAUGCAAACUCUUUUUUUCCUUUUCUUUUUCUGACAAUGCAAGACAGACGCCCCAGUCAAAAUCCUGUAGGUUGAGUUGAUUGCUCUACAGAAAGUAAGCUUAAACCCAGCAUGAAACCCAACCCUUUUUAUAUCAAUCAUUAUUGAAAGUGAACUGCAAAAACAGAGCUUUAACCUGGAAACGUUUGCACAAGUGCAUAGCCUUUUUGCACAUGGGGUACCUUCGUUGAGUUUAAUGAGAACUUUUCAUAUGAGUAAAGUUACUUAAGUGCAUACGCAAUUGAAGGAUGAGGCCAUAAUGAAUCCCCAUUUGCUCGUUUUGGUCUGUUUUUCUUAUCUUGCCAGACCUGCAACAUUAGAAAGUAGGAGCUGAGUGGUAUUGAUUGAAAUCUUUUUAUGGCGACACACUUGGCAGUUAGAAUCUGUGUUUAGAAAGGAUACAGUAGAUCAUGGCCAGAUUACCUGAUGACUGUUUCCCGGCACUGAAAUGCUAUUAAGUAGGAGCUGGUAAAGUUUAGCAGUAGCCUAUUAAUUAUAAUACAGUAUGGCUAGAAAUGUCCCCUUAUGUAAUGUGAGAGCUAUCAAGGAUGAGAAAGAAUGGACUUUGAAGAGACAGAUAAAAAGAGCUGGUUCCAACUUUGUCCUUGACGUCUUUUUUUUCCUUCCACCCUUAUUAACUUUGAUAUAGAUAAAGACUAGCUGCCCCUAUUUCUCUCAUUCUCUUGUGUCUGGCACAAUCAAAGUAGCUGAUACCCUGCUCAUGACCACUGAACUCUUUCUUUGACUCCAAGGGUAGUUAUUAAAGGGCAUACGUUCCCUUCUAUUAAUGGGAAAAAAAGGGAACUGCAAUUGCCAGGGGAUGUGGAAUAGGAUAGCAGUUCCUCCUCUGCCCCACCAUUGUUCUGUAGGGCUGAUUCUCUGUGGCUGUUGAGGUUGUGCACUAGGGACAGGAUUGGGAGAUGGCUGUAUUCUGUGACAUCUUCCCCAUGAAAACCCCUGAGGAUUACCUUGCUGGAGAUGGCAGUGAUCAAGUUAGCAUUGUGUCCUAUGGGUCCCCCCUUCACACUCUGAAAACCCCACUGUCUGGGCUGGGGGUGGAGGGGCACAGUUUGGGCACAACCACAAUGGCAUAGUUCCAGAAGCAGCCAUGUUCCCAUUGUGGAGAGGGAGGAAUAGGAAGCGGUGCAUUGACAAAGGGAUUACAUGUGGUUGUCCCCAUCCUUUGCCCAUAACCUAAGAUCCAUGUGAUUUCUCUCAUGACGUGACCUGUCCCUUGCCUCCUACGCAGAAGGCAAACCCCAUCCCCAAUGUGACAAUUGAGAUGUUCCCUGAAUGGUUUCCUGGCCCCAUGUGGAUUUUUCCUAGCUGUGGCAUGGCCUCCUUUCUUUUAAAAAGUGAUCGUGAAUUCUGCCCAACCAUGACAGCUGAUUGGAGAACAAUCUGUAAAAUAAAAAGUUCUCGAAGUCACUAGCCCCAUGCUGGGGGCGGUGUGGAGCAUGGAAAGGCAUUGAGAAAUGGCCUGCCUGAGCUGGCAAGAAUGGAGGAGCUCAAGCCCAUUGCUGCACCUCUAAGGGAGUGCAAACUGCUGUCGCUUCUGUAGGCAGGGUGACGGUGGACCCCUUGGGAUGGCUAGGACAAGGGCUUAGGAGUGUAAGGAAGGGAAAGGAAUGGGAAGAUCCCUUUGUGUACACACCCGGAGCUGGCCACAGUCUGACCCAGCAUGAGCUAGUACACUCAUUAAUUGAUGAUGCAUUCUCCUUUAGGGGAUGUUCUGUGGCUGUUGAGAAGGCCAGGCUCCACAGCCCAGUGUUUCUUUUGUCCCUUUCAGUGCCCUUAACCCUUUUUUCCCUUCUUUGAAGUCAAUGCAGUUUAUAUGGUGCUAUUCAAGAAUCACUUGGCAGGUCAGUGCAGCUCUGUGAGAUCAACCCCGAGUGCUGCCAUUUUAGAAGCUGUCGCAGGGAGAAGUGCAUAUUGGCAGGAAUGCCCCGUGACAUAGCACUAACCCCUCAUACCACAGAACAUCUUUGUCAUGCUGGGGUUGUGCAGGACUGUCAGAGGGACAGCAUGAUUUUAGUCAUCACCUUUUGAUAGCUGCAAUUCCUGUCUAGACCAAACAGUUCAAGUUUUGAGUAAAGGUUUGGGCUAAUUCUUAUUUUAGCAUAAUCAGCAAAUGCACGUCUCUGGGGGAUUACAGUGAAGAGAGCAGUUCACAGUCAAUAAUGUAGGCUCCAGUUCUGCAAGCUCACAUACCAAGGAGGACUCAAAGGAGAUUGCAGUGGGGUUCCAUAUGGACUUACGGGUCUGCCCACACAUCUGAGCCUGCAGGAUUGGGACCUCAGAUGAUGAAUUUUUCUCUUUUGCUGUUUGCGGAUUUCUAAGAGCAGCUAUUGACCUUAUCAAAUUCAUUGGUUAUUCAAAAUUAUUUACUACGAAAUUUCAGCAGAUAAGUCUUUGUCUGGGGAUUGUCCACUAGCAGAGAAGUUUGCUCCAAGUAUUUGCUAUUGUUCACUAGCCGUUUGUUCAAAGUACGUGCUAAAACCUGGCUAGUUUUGGGUAGACACGCAGGAUGUUUGUAAGUCUUUGGACUCAAAACUCGAUUCCAAUACUUGUGUUUAAAAAUUCAGAAUUUGCUUUCAGUGAGCAUUUCCCAUAUUUGCUUACAAACUGCUUUUUCCUCAAAUGUCCCUGCCAAUAAACUCUUUACCUAGAUUUUCUAAGGGGGAAAAGAGCCAGGUUCAGACUUGCUCUAAACAGGUGCAAGUUCUGGUCUUGAUAUGACCCAUGGCUGGAUGCUCAGAGCUUUAGUUAUGUUUCCGUCCAUCGUUAUGGAUAAUGAGUUUUACUGCCAAAGCCCUUUUCAUUGAGUUAGGAAUCCACAACUAAAUAUAUAGGAUUUUUGUAUAAAACCAGCUCUUUACAUGUACUUAAGGAGAUUAAACCAAUUGCAUUCUCCUUAAAAAGUGCUUCCAUCGAUGAAAGAAGAUGUCUCCGCAUUAACCUGUAUUGGGCUCUACUUAGAGAAUCUGUUUUUGUAAAUCUCCCUGACUCUUACCUGCAGUAUUAGCCUCUCUAACUUUAGGGCACCAGUCACAGAGUUCAUACACCACCAAGUACAGAAAUUCAACAUUUGUCUAACUCUCCAAAUUGCUGUUUUAAACAUGUGCUUUUCAGGGUAGGGGCUAGAAUGCUCAUUGCUUUGCAGGAUCCAGUCUGAAUGAAAUUCAGUCCUUUGAAAGUGGGCUUUUGUAGGACUUAAGGGGCUGGCCUUCUGCACUUUUCUUAUAGAUGCCAAGGGAAAAAAAAAGAGGCCACAAAAGAACAAACUGCUUCUAAUUCCAAAAAGUGAUUUAUUCCAGUUGUACCUAACAGAAGAUUUGCAAGGUGAACUAAGGGCCUGAGUGGCAAUUAUAAGGUUCCAUAGUUAGUUAACUUCCUUUUACCUCGCUACUUUGAAGCAACUAUUUCUUGUAAUUUCAUUAAGAUCUUCAGAAAGAAGAAGGGUAAUAUUGUUAGCAGAGUAGGCAAUAUAGCAGACUCUUGCAAAAGUGGCUGUUUUAGUUGGCUUUUAUCUUCUUUUUUUUAAAGUUUAACAUCCAUGAUGAUAUGCUGCAUAGAGCAUCUGGAGAUUUAUGAUUCUGAAAUAGUAUAUACACUGUAUCAUGUCAUGAAAUAAGUUUUGUAUAUGUGCCUUUUUCAAAUGCAUUGUGAAAGCCGCUAUUUCAUACCAUACCUUUCACAAUGCAUUUCAAAGAAACACUAAUGGUACAGAGUGGGACAGAGGAAGCUGGGAUUUCCCCUUGAGUAGGAAAAUCCCUAAGUGGUGUAGCUGGCUCUAUACUACCUGGUCUUGGGAAAGAGAAGGGGUGUGGAAUUGUCCAGGGCACAGCGUGGUCCAGUAAUCCCCAGCUGGCAGGCAGCACGUGGAUAAUGGCAUAGUUUAGAAACAGUUCUGACGCUGCUCUAAACAAUGCCAGGGGCUCAAAAAGCUCCUGCCUGCCCCUUGAACCUAAGGGGUUUGGGGCAGAAAGUUGGUGUAAGACCACCUUCCUCCUUUCUCUGCACCCCACUGCACCAAGGCUGCAGACUUGAGAAUCUAACCCUCUGUGUAUUUUAGUGCUGUAUUGCGCAGCAUCAAACAGCAUGAUGGAACAAGAAUAUAUUUUAAAGUAGUGUAUCAUUGCAAAAGUUUGCUUAGCUUAAAAAAAAAUAAUACAAAAAAUGGGAGGUGGAAGCUUGCGCACUACGGUACCACUGCUAUGCCGAUUGUUCAGAUAAGAUGAGAGAGGAAAACAAAACUCAUCUGUGAAAGGCAUUAGGAAAUGUGAUUUGUUUCUCAAGCCAGACGGAGCUGUGUGUCAUAUUAGGGGUUGUAUUAGCAGAAUACUUUGGUGAAAAAUUCAGUAUUUUUUGGUACUUGCCUUAUGGGACUGGUGACCUAGUUUUUGACCCAUUCCUGUUACUUUCCCAACACUUGACCCUGCAUUGCUAUAGGGUUGGAUCCUAGUUCCAGCACACAGCCUGAAUAACUGAAGUGUGCCACAGAGAUCAGUAGGGCAGCAGCCCUUCCAUCAGACCAUAGGGCUUUCCAUAGCUGCGAUGGUAGCCUCGGAGAUCUGCAGCCCCUACCUACAUCCCUGCUCCAAAGGGCUGGCAGUUCCUAUUGGAAAUGUGUAGACACUGAUCUGCUGAUCUACCCUGGCUCUGCCCCAAAUCUCUCUGUGUGCUUGGACAUAAGCAGGCCCCACACAGAAUAAAUACAGAGGUUCCCCUGUGGUCAGGACCCUCCAUGCUCACAGUGGCUGGGUGGGAGAUAGAUAGAAGAGUUUGACCCAUAGCAAAUAUUUGACCUCUCCUGGAAUGUAAAAUAGAGCCCUUGCAUCCCAUCAGGAACUUUCCUGUAGUACUUUAUAAAAGAAUAUUACUUGGUGUCAUCUGAGCUUCAUGCAGGACUUACAUGAUGCAUUCCUGGGAGGAUAUGAUUUCUUUUCCAAUAUUAAUCACUUAGAAUAUGAAACGAGCACAAUAGGCUCAUGAGUUGGUAAUCUGCUAACUUUCCUCCACGCCGCUUUAUUAACACUAGGCCAGCGUAACAAUAACAUGAUACCUCUAUAAAUGGCUAAAUUGCUAAACCUUUCACUUGGUAUUCAUGGAAACGUGUGUUCCCGCCUACGACCGUUCACUCACAGUCUUACAGGGUGGAGAGGAUUAAUCUCACACAGGCAUUCCAUUUGGGAAUAAAUUCAUCAUUCUCUAUCCUUAUAUGGGAGCUUUUCCCUUUCAUACAUACCAUAGAACCUAGCUAAUCUGCAUACAAAAAGACUUUCUCUCUCAACAAAAAUGUAAUAGUAGGUUGCUGCAGUGAAGUCUAUCAUUACUCAAGUCUUCAAUAUUUUUACAAAAAAAAUACUAUGCUAUAUUUACUAGCACGUUCUGAAAUAUUAUGAAGUCCAAGUAAAUGACAGCUGUCAAGUUAAAUGCUCAAAGCAUGUUCUGAGGUGCUUUGGCUUUUUUUUUUUUUUUUUUUUUUUUAAAUCAUAUUUGCUCACUUAGGGCCUAAUCCAAAACUCAUUGGGUAUGUCUACACUGCAAUGUAAGCCCAGGGUUAGUAGAAUUUGAGUUAGCAGACUCUGGAUUUAUUAACCUAGGGCUUGAGUGUCUACAAGCAUUUGUAACACCAAGUUAGAAAUGGUUGAACUCUGGGUCCCAAUCUGGGGCUCCAGAAUCUACAUUGCAUUAUGCAGGCUCAUGUCCAACCACCAAUAUCCCAGACUGGAGGCAUCCUCCCAAAAUGUGGCUGCUGUACCCCUUUGUUCGUGGUGCAGUGUGGAAAAACUUGUCUGUCUACCAGACUUAACUGGCCAAAGGACAAAGAAAGUUGGCCCAUGGGAUUGUGGAAUAUUUUGGUAUAUUCCCAGAGCAUGAGUCCAGUGGAGCUGCAUCUACACUACAAAGCAAUAGGGCUUGAAGCCUGUUGAUUCAGGCUUGGACCCUCCACCCCUACAGGGUUCUAGGACCCUGAGUUUGAGCCCAGGGUUAGCACAGUUUGUGUGUAGACAGAAGUGGGGGUGGCUUGAGCCUGAAUUCAAACCCUGGGUUCGCACUGCAUUGUGGAUGUACCCAUUGAAGGACUCCUUUUGACUCCAGUGGGCUUUGGAUGAAGCCCAUAUGCCUCAGUCCAACAAAACAUGUCAUCACAUGCUUAACCUGAGCAAUCCCACUCAAGUCAAUAGGCCAACUUGUUAAGGACUAAAGUUAUGCAUGUGCUUAAUUUCUUUUAUUGGAUCAGAGCCUUAUUUGCUAACUUGUAAAGUUCAAUCUCUCUCAUUGGGUCUCAGUCACUAGUACAAAUUAGUGAGGUUCUACGGUAAGUAUGUAUUCAUUUAAAUUUGUGUCCUAGACUUCACCUCAUCCAUGAAUGACUAGUAGGCUGUACUUUUCAUUGUGAAUCCAAUGUAAAAUACGUAUGCCCCGGCAAAAGCAGAAUCAAGAGCAUGACUCCAUAGUGGGCACUAAGGAACCGUUUUGCAGGGAAUUGGGCCAUUUAGUUUUACCUCAAGUGACAUGGAGUAAGAAAAGCUUUGUGAAGGGGCAGAGGUUACUGAAUCCCCUACUAUGCACUUACUGAGAUUUGACAUUACUUACUGGAAAUGGAUGUUCAUUUCUGAACACACUGUAACAAGGGAAGGACUUUGGGUUAUUUUUGUAGUAGUUCAAACUUCUGAAACUGUGAUCAAUUAUUUGACUAAUUGUCAAGCAUUCUCAGAGCUUGAACAUCUUCACUUCCUGUUUCAUGUAGCAAAGUUUUCUUUAUUGCUUUCUCUUUCUCUCUUCCCCUCCUCCUCCUUCUCUUAGCUUAAAGACGGGGGCAGCUCUUAUCUCCCAUAGCUUUGGGCUGUCUAGUUUAUUAUUAUUUUUUCUGUUUGUUUGUUGGCUGUACAGGCUGUUUACAUAUUUUUGUACUCAAGUGUAGUUUUAUAUUAAAAACAGAGGGGAAAAAAGGAAAAAAAAAUUGAUUUGAGAAAAAAUAUUAAGGGACAUAAUCUUUGUAACACUUUCAAAACUAGGGUACCUAAAGAGAUGACUCCACAGCUAUGUACUUGUAAUACUGUAUAUUUGCCUUCCUUUUUAGUCAGUUUUAUUUUCGGGUUGUAA